CUGACGUCAUGACGUAGAAAGUGACAGGAAGCGUCUCGCUGUUAGGUGUGAAUUUAAAAGUGGACACGCAAAGAAAGUCCUUCAAGAUGGUUUUAGAGACGAUUUCCAAAAUUAUUAAAGUGCAGCUUCCGGCAUAUCUGAAGAAGUUACCGCUGCCGGACACCAUCGGAGGAUUCGCGAGACUCACAGUGUCAGAGUGGCUCCGCCUCCUCCCCCUGCUCGGGAUACUGGCUCUGCUGGGUUACCUGACCAUCAGGCCUUUCUUGCCCAAGAAGAAGAAACAGAGAGACUGCCUCAUCAACCUGAAGAUCCAGAAGGAGAACCCGAAAGUGGUGAAUGAGAUCGAUAUCGAAGACCUGAGGAGCACCAACGUCUGCUACUGCCGCUGCUGGAGAUCCAAAACGUUUCCUGUUUGCGAUAAAUCACACAUAAAGCACAACGAGCUGACGGGAGACAACGUCGGGCCUCUGAUCCUCAAGAAGAAAAUUCUAUAAUCCCCUGAUAAUUUUAUUCCAGUGGGAGCUUUUGCUUCUUUUAAAAAAUUUUUUUUCAUGUUUACCUUUGUAGAAAAUGAUUGUCUUUCUCUACAGUGAGCCUGUUGUAUAGUGUUUGGGAGGGAUGUUUAGACUUUUUUUUUGCCAUUGUGUCACUUGUAUACGAAAUAUUAAUAAUUUGUGCCUUAGAUUUCAUCUUGUUCUGCUUUAAGAUAUUUCUGUUCUUGUUAACUUGCUGUGUUCAAUAGAACUGGACCACAACUUUCAGUGGAAUCACAUUGCCAUAAACUAAGAAAAACUGUGCUGAUCAUCAGGAAAUCGUUAGUGUUUUUGUUAAACAGUGGACCGAGAUCGCAUUAGGGGGGAAAAACUAAUAAAUUAAAAUACAAAAAUAAACUUUA